AUGGCAGAAGAACGUGCAUUGGACCAUGCGAUUCCAUCGCACCUACAAACCGAACGCACCAUCCCCGCAAAGACGCCAGAUGGAUUCGUGCCGCCCUUUCCGUCGUAUACUGCUAGAUUCCCGAAGGAGGCGAAAGAUCUCGUAAUGGCCAUCAUCGGAGUUCAGCACGAAGACAGCGUCGAUCCCCAAGGACCUGCAUACCAAAAGCUGGUCUCAUUCGUUGAGCAUGGGUCCAAGAAAUCCAAGCCCAAGUACUGGGAAGCUGCGUCAGUCACCGACAAUCGAGGCUUUCGCAAUGAAGUGGUAAUUCCAUACUGGCAGACCAAGGCCGACUUCGAGGAAUGGAGCAGGGACAGCGGCUUCGAUGCAUGGUGGGCCGACUUGCGAGCAGAGUCGGAACGAGGUUGGUUUAUGGAAAUAUUCUUCCCAACCCUUGACCGGUUCGAGACUGUCUUCUCCGACAAUGUAGUACCGGACGGCGCAGCUUAUAUGCGCUCCUCAGUGUCGGGCGAGAUGCAACAACACUUCUAUUGGGGUUCGAUGCGUGACAGGCUCGCAGCGGCGCAGACUGAUCACCUGAUUGGUGAGCCCGCUUUCCCCAAACCGUCUGCGGAACAGGUCAAGAAAGGCGACACGAGAAAGCAGCGCAUCACAGUGUCAGGCAGAAAGAACCUCGCUGUCAUCAGAAGUGGCCAAGACUGGUCCAAUACGAAUCCGAGUGAACACAAACUCUACCUCGAAACCAUGCACCCGGUGCUCACCAAAGGCAUGGAAUUUUUGCGAGACAAGGGCGAAGAGGUCGGCUGCAUCAGUAACCGCUUCAUGCAAUGCAUGCACAAGACGUCGCCCAAGCAGAACACUGAACGCACCUUUGGCCUUGGAUAUUUUGACGAUCUCAAGUCGCUUGAAGGCUGGAGCAAAUAG